AUGUAUAGAAAUAAAUAUCAGCCAAAAAUAUUAUCUCUUUUGCUAAGUUCAGGUUCUAAGCCAUUAGAAAUAUGGAAAACAAAAACAAAAAAGGGUUGUGUUAGGAAAGUUUUAGAUGAUACAAUAAAAUUAAGUGCAAUUGAAAUUUUAUCAGAAAAUACUUCUGAUUCAUAUAUAUAUACAGCACCACCCAAUUUUACUUCAUUAGCAAUAAGUUUACCUAUUAUCGUUCUUAUUGUCAAAAAUAUGAACAGAUAUUUUUCUUUUAGAAUAAGUAUAUUAGAUGAUAGAAAUUGUAGAAGAACUUUUAGAAUUUCUAACUUUCAGACUGUUACAAGAUUAUCAAAUAAAUGGUGUACUAUGCCAAUGGUCUUAAAUGAUGGAUGGAAUAUUAUACAAAUAAAUUUAAAAGAUUAUACAGAAAAAGCAUUUAGAACAAAAUAUGUUGAAACUACUGAUAUGCAGAUAAAUGCUAGCAUAAGAAUUAGGUGUAUAUACUUUUGUGACAGAAUUUAUAAUAAUGAAGAAUUAAAAGAUGAAUUUAAAAUAUGUUCAAAAAAAAAAAAAAAAAUAAAAUAUAUUCUUCCACAAAAUUUAAAGAAACCAGAAAAGAAAAACAUAAUUAAAAAUAUUCAAAAAGAAAAAAAUAUAAAAAAGGAGGAUAAAAUAGCAAAAAUUGAAAUAUCAAAUAACGAGGCAAAAGAAAAAAUUGAAACCAAUGAAAACUUAAAAGAAAAUGAAGAGAAAGAUGAAAAAAUAGAAAAUAAUAAAAAAAUGGAAAAUGAAGAAAAAAUGGAAAAUGAAGAAAAAAUGGAAAACGAAGAAAAAAUAGAAAAUGAAGAAAAAAUAGAAAACGAAGCAAAAAUAGAAAACGAAGCAAAAAUAGAAAAUGAAGAAAAAAUAGAAAAUGAAGAAAAAGAUGAAAAUAGUGAUGUUGAUAAUAAGACGGAUGGAGAAGAAAAUUAUUUAAAUGAUAUCAUCAAUAUGAAUGGAGAUGAUAAAGAAGACAAUGAUGAUGAAAAUAGAAAAUUAUUAAUUGAAAAUACAUAUAAUGAAGAAGAAAAUGAAGUUAACAUUAGUAGUUUAACUGAGAUAAAAAAUUUAGAAAUAGAUUUAAAUAAUGUACUUUAUGAAGAUAUAAAUUAUGAAAAUUAUAAUAAUGACGAUAACUAA